AUGGAGAGAUCAUACUCUUUGUUUCUUUCACUACUACUAUUGAAUCUCUACUUGUUGGAGGCCACAGGCAUAAAAACAGAUCAAUCAGCUCUACUUGCCUUAAAAGCCAGCUUUACUCUAAAUUCUUCUCAUCCCUUAACUCAAAAUUGGUCUUCUCAAUCCUACGUUUGUGAUUGGAUUGGAGUCACUUGCGGCUCUUUGCACCAUAGGGUGACUGCACUAAAUAUAUCCAACAUGAACAUUCUUGGAACCAUUUCCCCACAUUUGGGAAACAUCUCUUUUCUCGUUUCUCUCGAUGUGAGCGAAAACAAUUUACGUGGAAACCUCCCUCAAGAUUUGUCUCGUUUACGUCGAUUGAAGGUGAUGGAUUUUGCAUUCAAUAAUUUCAGCGGAGAAAUUCCAAUGUGGUUCGGUUUCAAUUCAAAGUUAGAAACUCUGAAUUUAAGAAACAAUCUUAUUCAAGGCAGUAUCCCUAAGGAGAUUGGGAAUCUUGAGAAUCUAAAGGAGUUGAUUUUAUUCGGAAAUCAAUUUACUGGCUCUAUCCCGCUCUCCAUUUUCAACAUUUCCUCAUUGGAAAUUUUAGGUCUCUCAAGUAAUCAAUUAAGCGGGAGUCUUCCUGUAGAUAUAUGCCGACGUCUUCAAAGAAUAAAGAGCAUUGCAAUUAUUAACAAUCAUUUGAGUGGUCACAUUCCACCUGGUUUGUCUAACUGCACGGAACUGAGUGAAUUGUCAUUAUCAUACAAUAACUUCAUUGGCACCAUUCCACCAGAAAUUGUAAACUUGGAGAGGCUUCAGCUCUUAAAUCUUGGGGGAAACAAGUUGCACGGUGGUGGUGAUUGA